CCCGCCUAUUUCGCUGCCAUGGCCAAAAGCACCUCGCUGUACUGCCGGCUGGUGGAGGGGAAGGAGCUGCCUGCCAAGGACGUCUCUGGCUCCAGCGAUCCCUACUGCGUGGUCAAGGUGGACAAUGAGGUGGUGGCCAGAACAGCCACAGUGUGGAGAAGCCUGAACCCAUUUUGGGGCGAGGAGUUCACCCUGCGCCUGCCCAGUGGCUUCCACAGCCUCACCAUCUAUGUGCUGGAUGAAGACACCAUCGGGCAUGAUGAUGUGAUCGGCAAAGUGUCACUGAGCCGUCAGCAGAUCUCAGCACAGCUGCGGGGUGAGCAGGGGCACGGGAAGUAUGGGGGGCAUAGGGCUCAUCACCGUGCUGGGGGUGCCCACCCCGUGCCCCCUUUCUUAGGCAUUGACAGCUGGCUCAGCCUGGUGCCUGUGCACCCUGACCAGGAGGUGCAGGGUGAGAUCCACCUGGAAGUGAAGAUGCCCGAGCAGGGCCACCCACGGAUGCUGCGCUGCCACCUCAUUGCAGCCAGGGACCUGGCCCCCCGGGACCCCUCUGGCACCUCAGACCCCUUCGUCCGAGUGUCGUGCUGCGGGCACACGCAGGAGACAACCGUGAUUAAGAAGACCCGCUUCCCACACUGGGAUGAGGUGCUGCAGUUUGAGCUGGCAGAAGACGAGCCAGGGGACAGCAUGCUGAGUGUGGAGGUGUGGGACUGGGACAUCGUGGGCAAGAAUGACUUCCUGGGACAGGUAAAGGUCCCCCUGGAUGCAUCGGGUCCCAUGGAGGGCUGGUUCCAGCUCCUGCCCUUUCCCAGCAGCAGUGAGGAGCCAGGGGGACAGCUGGGCUCCCUGCGGCUGACGGUGCGGCUGCUGGAGGACAGAGUCCUGCCCCAGCACUGCUACCAGCCCCUCAUCCAGCUCCUGGCCGAGCCCCUCCGUUCCCCAGGCCAGCCCGCAGCCAGCACAGCACUGGCUGUCCUGGAGGAGGUGACCUCAGGGGACAGCAGGCAGGAUGUGGCCACCAAGCUAGUGAAGGUCUUCCUGGCUCAGGGUCUGGCUGUGCCCUUCCUGGACUAUGUCAUCACCCGUGAACUGACCAGAACCACGGACCCCAAUACCCUUUUCCGCUCCAACUCCUUGGCCUCCAAGUCCGUGGAGCAGUUCUUGAAGGCAGUGGGGCUGCCCUACCUGCAUGCAGUCCUGAAGCCGGUGGUGAACCGCAUCUUCGAGGAGAAGAAGUACGUGGAACUGGACCCCUGCAAGAUGGAGCUGAGUCGUGGCAGGAGGAUCUCCUUCAAGGGGUCCCUGUCAGAAGCCCAGGUGCGAGAGAGCAGCCUAGAGCUGCUGCAGGGCUACCUGGGGGACAUGGUGGAUGCCAUCGUGGGCUCGGUGGACAAGUGCCCCCUCCUGAUGAGGGUGGCCUUCAAGCAGCUCCGCAGGCGGGUGGAGGAGCGCUUCCCCUCACCGCAGCACGAGGAGGUGCAGUACAUUGCCAUCAGUGGGUUCCUCUUCCUCCGCUUCUUCGCCCCUGCCGUCCUCACCCCGAAGCUCUUUGGCCUGAGGGAGCAGCAUGCUGAGCCUCGCACUGGGCGCACUCUCUUGCUGCUCGCCAAGGCGCUGCAGAGCAUUGGCAACCUGGGACUGCAACCAGGCAAGGAGCCCUGGAUGGCCCCACUGAACACCGUCCUGCUGCCCAGCAUCACUCGUGUCAGAGCCUUCCUGGACAGCCUCAUCGAGGUGGACAGCACGCAGGCCACAGCAGGUGAGAGGAUGGUGUCAGUGGCACCUUUCAGUCCCUCGGCCACAAUCAAGGAGGGUUUCCUGCACGCACGGGAGGCUGAGGAGCCCUCCCUGCUGCCCCGCUUCGCCUUCAAGAAGCGGUACUUCUGGCUCAGUGCCCAGGCUCUGUCCUACUCCAAGUCCCCCGAGUGCCAGGAACACAGCUGCAUCCCAGUGGGGCACAUACGGGCUGUGGAGCGCGUGGAUGAGGGCACGUUCCCGCAGCCCCACGUCAUGCAGGUGGUGGCACAGGAUGGCACCGGGCAGCUGCGCACCACCUACAUCCAGUGUAAGAACGCACCAGAGCUGUGGCAGUGGCUGUGGGCUCUGCGCCAGGCCAGCAGUGCCAACGGGGCCAUGCUGCCCACCUGCCACCCCGGCACCUUCCGUGCCGCCCGCUGGACCUGCUGCCUGCAGCCCACCCGUGCCGCUCCCGGCUGCAGCCGGACCCACAGCGCGGUGGCACUGGAUGAGUGGACUGACCCCAUGGACCCAGCAGCGGCGGCACAGAGCCUCUAUGGGCACCUCCAGCGUGCAGGGACACGGCUGUGGGAGGUGGUGGCAGAACCCGAGGGCAGCGUGGCAGUGCAGAGCCCGGAGCUGAAGCUUGGAGGUGGAGCCGUCGCGGAGCGGCUGCGGGCGGUGCUGCGCGACCUGGAUGCGGCCCACGAAGCCUUCGCCCGUGGUGACGGCGUCCCGAACCCUCCCACGGCCACGUGAAGAGAACUACAGCUCCCAGCAUGCCUUGCGCCGCCAAAAGACCAGCCAGCGCCGCGCCGCAAAGCAUUCUGGGAACUGUAGUCCGCGCCGCCCUCCUCUGCCCGCAGCGAGACGGGGCGGCGCAGGGGGGGCACCCGACGGACACGCGUGUGCGCACACUCACACAGACGUGUCCGUGC